AUGACUUACACGGAUAGUGGAGCAGUAUCAAGACACUUUAAUCAUCAAGAAUUUCACAAAGACGAAUCUUACCAAAAUCUCGGUCAUCAGGAAGACUUUCACGGGAGUGGCAUCAAGACACUUCUAGUCAUCGAGUCCUACCAAAAUCUGAAUCAUCAGCAGGAAUAUCACCAGCAAUAUCAACGAAACGGAUUGUUUGAAUUCAGAUACGGUUCUUCAAAA